AUGGCGGGCCCUCGGAUAGCCUGCAUUGGAGUGAUUGGAAAGACGGACAACCCCCUUCACAUCUCUCUCUUCCCACCGUAUACGGACUCGACGAUUGAGUUCUCCUUCAUGCUCAACUCUUGUCUUGACAUUAUUGAAAUUCGUCGCAAACAGACCUCCAUCGAUCAGGAUCUUGGACUGCUGCAUGCAAUCGAUGAACGUCUAGCCGCCUAUGGUUGGCUCACGACAACGGGUGUGAAGUUUUUAAUUAUCGUAGAUCAUUUUGGACGGGAGGCUAUGGCUACAGGAAAGACCACAGGACCUGCAGUCAGUGGUCUGAGGGACUCUGACCUGAAACCGGCUUUCCGAGCAUUGCAAAGCGCAUACAUCCAGCUGCUUCAGAAUCCUUUUUAUACACCAGACGAACAUGCACCAGCAUCGGGGACGACAGCAGGCGCUGCGACUGCAACUGCAUGUCAACCUAUCUCCAAUCCCAAGUUCAUCGCAGAUGUCCAACGCAUUGGCCAGACGUGGACCCCGGGCGCUGCUAUGUAA